UCGUAGUCACAGAUAUAUAGAGAUCCAGUCGGUAAACAAUGAGCGUGUCUGAGGAAAACCGAGCAACGUUUGAUCGUUUUUUCAGAGAGGCCGACGUGAACAAUGACGGGUUUUUGAAUAUUAAGGAGCUGAAGACGAUCUUGUACAAUAUAGGAUUCAGAGGCUCGGAUGAAGAAAUAGCAAAAAUUUUCGUGGACUUGGUGUCAGCCGGCGAAGAUAAGGUGACAUACGAACAGUUCAUGACUGAGAUGUGCAAAAUUCCACUCAAGGAUGUCAAGGACAGCGAAUUACGAACUCUCUUUAGGACGUUUGACAAGAACGGAGACGGAAAUGUGACGAAAGAGGAACUUUUCCAUUGUUUGAAAGAAAAACAGUUUGAUUACACGGAGGAAGAAAUGGGAGAAAUUCUGGCAAAAGCUGAUAAAAACAAGGACGGGAAAAUUGAUUAUGAAGAGUUCCUGUCGGCACUGAAAUAACCAUUUUUUUGUUUGUACUUGCUUGUUUUGUUGUGGACACUCGUUACUGGUCGAAACUGUUUAAUCUUCCUAAACUGAUCUGAGUUUCUUGGGUAAUCCGGUGAUAAUUAACAAAAAAACCUGUCGGAAACGAGCUUUGGGCAUUUUUACAACUGUUUCUUUUUACGAUAAAUAUAUAAAAAGUAUCAUAUA